GUUUACUGCCUUGGAUGGCUUGGUCGUUAACCGCCAGUUCCCACGGACACCCAGCCGCCUGGGAUAAGAAGCUUCCAUUCCCUUGCCCCUUCACAGAGCACGCUCAUCGUGAGACAGCAGAAUAGCUUAGAAGCUUCCCAAACAUCUUCACCUUGCCCGAUAUGUCCCCCACUCGAAGCAAAUACACAGCUGACAUCCUGGCUCGACCCGGUCUCACGUUCGACACGGAGAUCCGUGAUCCCAAACAACGCAUCCAAGCAUAUAUGGACGCAUACAAGCAGAACCCCCCCUCGAAGAGCAUCGAUGAAUCCCUCCUGCGAGACCACCUCGAGCUUAUAGACGCCUCCGCAGGCCCCCAAAUCAGCGCCUCGUUCCGCAUGCGCGUGAGUCCCGAGUACUGCAGUCGCAUGGGGAACAUGCACGGCGGACUGAUCUCGCUCGUCUUCGAUCUGUGCACGACCAUGUGUGCGGCCCCGGCUGCCCGGAGCAACUUUUGGACAUUCGGGGGUGUGUCCCGCACGUUGAAUGUUACUUUUCUGAGGUCUGUUAGGCAGGGAUCGUGGGUGAGGAUUCACUGUGAGCUGUUGCAUAUUGGUUCGCGAUUGUGUAUGACUUGUCUUUAUUUCCUCUUCCCUUUUCUCUACCUCUGUCCUCUUGGUUGUUUGUUUGCGUUAGCUUGUUGGGUGCGCUUCUGGGAUACUGACUUCUUGAUCUAGCGGCGAUUAGAGGGCAGAUGACGAAUGAAUCCGACGGAAGGUUACUUGCGGUUGUGGAGCACAACAAAGCCAGUGUUGCACUUGGGGAAAAGAGCAAUAUGUAGAUCUGGAGCUGGUGCUUGUGUGGUGGCUGGUCCUGUAAAUCUGCCGCAUUAGUUUGGAGAAGCAUGUCAGGGGUUGCGUUUCUGUCAUUAGGGCAAG